CCACGGACUGAUGUCUCAAGACCCAUCUUGCUGGGAGAGAAGCCCAGAAGAGGGAGAAGAAGAAAGCCCAGGAGUCAGGAAUGACUCUUUCUCAGGAAUGGUUGACCUUCAGGGAUGUGGCCAUCGAAUUCUCUCAGGAGGAGUGGGAGUGCCCAGGCCCUGCCCAGAGGGCCUUGUACAGGGACGUGAUGGUGGAGAACUACCAGAACCUGGUCUCCCUGGAGAUCUCUACUAGAUGUAUGAGCAAAGAAUUACCACCAAAAGAAGACAUUAAUAAUGGAGAAUUAUUCCAAACAUUAAUUUUGGAAAGACACAUAAUUCAUAAGUUUAAUGAUUUUGAUUUGAGGAGGGUCCAAGAUGUAAACAAAUUUGAGACUCAGUGGCUUUAUGAAGGAAAAGGUUAUGAAGACACUGCAACCCAUUACAAAAAUCUCACCUAUAGAAAACAUCAACAACAUCAUAAAUUCUGUAAUCAUUUUCCUGUAAAGCAUAAUGUUUCCAUAGGAAGAAGUACCUCUGAAUAUUACAAACAUGAUACGACGAAUAAGGCACUGAAAAACAAGGCAGGCUCUUCAGGAAGCAAGUACAGAGACUGUUUGGACAAUAAGCUUGGAUUAAGCUUUCAUUCACAUCUGGCUGAGCUACAGAGAUUUCAAACCCAAGAGGAAAUUCAUGAAAGUAAUCAAGCUGAGAAGUCUACCAGAAAGACUUCAGUUUCACUUCAAAAAAUUCCUUCUAGUGUCAAAACCAACAUUUUUAAUAAUUAUGGGAAGGUUCUUAUGCAUCCUUCAUCACGGACACACCACCAGAGAGUACUCAAUAGAGAAAAUCCUUACAAAUGUAAUGAGUAUGGGAAGGCUUUUAGCCAUUGUUCAACCUUAGCUACUCAUCAAAGAAUUCAUUCUGAGCAGAAACCUUACAAAAGUAACGAGUGUGGCAAAGCCUUUAAGAGGUUCUCAAACCAUACAAGGCAUCAGAGAAUCCAUACAGGAGAGAAAACAUAUAAAUGUAAUAUCUGUGGUAAAGAUUUUGCCACACGGUCACAUCUCUGGGGUCAUGAGCGAAUUCAUACAGGAGAGAAGCCUUACAAAUGUAAUGAGUGUGGCAAAGCCUUUUCUGAUGGUUCAUAUCUUGCUCAACAUAAGAAUUUCCAUUCCAGACAGAAACCUUACAAAUGUAAUCAAUGUGGCAAGGAUUUUGCCACACAUUCACACCUUUGUAUUCAUAAGAGAAUUCAUACUAGAGAGAAACCAUUUCGAUGUAAUGUAUGUGGUAAGAAUUUUAUGAUACCUUCACAGCUUUGGGGUCAUGAGCGGAUUCAUACUGGAGAGAAGACUUAUAAGUGUACUGAGUGUGGCAAAGCCUUUUCUAGUGGUUCAAAUCUUGCUCAACAUAAGAGAAUCCAUUCUGGAGAGAAACCUUACAAAUGUAAUCACUGUGGUAAGGAUUUUACCACACGGUCAUACCUUUGGAGUCAUGAGAGAAUUCAUACUGGAGAGAAACCUUACAAAUGUAAUGAGUGUGGCAAAGCCUUUAUCAGGAGUUCAAAUCUUACUCAACAUAAGAGAGUGCAUGAUGGGGAGAAACCCUAUAAAUGUAAUGUAUGUGACAAGGCCUUUAGUCAGAAUGCAAGCCUCACUGUUCACCAAAGAAUUCAUACUGGGGAGAAACCUUAUAAAUGUCACGAAUGUGGCAAAGCCUUUAAGCACUACUCAAGCAUCAAUAAACACCAUAAUACACAUAGAGAGAAGAUACAAAUAUAAAGUGGUAAGACCUUUAUUAAAUAUUUAUACCUUUGGAGUCAUGAGAGAAUUCAUACCAGAGAGGAACCUUACAAAUGUCACGAAUAUGGCAGAUCCUUUAAGCGCUGUUCAAGCUUGAGUAGAUACCAGAAUAUACAUAGAGUGAAGAUAUAGAUGUAAAGCCUGUGGUAAGGCUUUUGUUAAAUAUUCUCACCUUUGGAGUCAUAAGGGAAUUCAUAGUGCAAAGAAACCUCACCAAAGAAUGUAGCACAGCUUUCAUGCCAUGGCCUGUUCUCAGGAUUCACCAAAGAUUUCACGAGAAAACCCUACUAAUAUAAUGAGUGCUGGUACGUUGGUUAAGCAAUGUUAACCUGCAAUGUACAAUCAGAGACUUCUAGUAGUAUGAACUAAGUCUAAUUUUUGAAGAUUAAUUAAAUCAAGUGUUAAACUCUGCAGGAAAAUUAAAAGUCAAAAUGUUUUAAAAUUCAUGAGAUGAAGGGUGUCAAAGGAGCAGGGAUAUCUGUGGAACAACCUGUUUCAGCUUG